AUAGCAUCCAACGAAGCUGAGAAUGCCAGCAAGUAGCUACAUAAGCGGAGAAUCCCGGAGCCAUAGCUUUCAUUCAUCCAAUUCUUCACACUCAAAGCGAUCGAAAGCCCCAACAUACCGUACAGUCAGCAGACAUUCCAAUGUCGAUGAAAAUUUAUUUGGAGAUCCUUUACAUGUUAAAGAACGUCAAUCCCGCUUAGAGCAGCAAAAUGGCAACAAUUCUAAUGAGCCCGAAAUUGUUGUCUCGCGAAGGAAAAUGUUUGAGGAAGUUAUUCCAUGGGAAGAGUGUGAAAGAGAAAAGGAAAAUAGGAGAAGGAAAAAAAUAAGGCACUUUACCUCCGAUUUGGUUCGUGACCUCGUUAUACCUUCUGACAAUGUCAGUAAAAAGGGAAUAGUCAUACCUUCAGAGAAAUACAACGAACUUCUUCAGAAGUCAAAAAUGUUGACGGAUGCAGAAGAAAAACUUGCGGCUGACAAAGAAAAAGCCAAACAAGCAGCCUUGUUGGAAGAAUCACAACAGCGUAAGCAGAAGAUGCGUGAAUACGAUUUGAACCGGGCACGAAAUGAACGCUUGACAGAUUUAGAAGAAGAGACAAGAAAACAAGCGGAAGUUUUACUACAGAAAGCUCUUGAACAAAGACAAGAUCAAGAAGAUGAAAUAAAGGCUUUAAAUGAAUGGAUUCUGAAUGCUAAAAUACAAGCAAUUAGAGAUGAACAGAUUUUAGAGAAAGGACAGAUUAAAAAAGAAAUGGCGGCUGAAGAGUUACGCUUGGAUAAUAUGAUGGAAUUAGCCCGACAGAAUGCUAUUCAUAUACAAGAAGAAAUUGAAAAAAGACGCAAAGAACAGGAAAUGCUUGGUGCUUGUAUGGUUUUGGAACAAAUAGAACAAAAUAAACAAGAUCGUCUAUUGGAGCUGGAACGUGCUGAACAAGAAAAUGCUUUAGUUACCCAACGUAUCGCUGAAGAACGCAUGAAAGAAAUUGUUAACAGAGAGGAGAAAAAAAGAAUUCAAGAAAAGCACAGAACAGAAUUGAAUAUAGCCAAUGAAGAAUUAAAGAGGCGAAGGGAAAUUGAAAAAGAAAAAGAUCGUCUUAUGGAUUUAAAAAUUAUGCAAAUUCAAAAUGAAAAAGCUGAACGUGAAGCAGCCUAUGAAGCUGAACAAGCUCGCAUAAAACACGAGAAAGAAUUAGAAAUUGCAAGAUUACGUGCAUUACAAGAAAAGGCCUCAGAUGAAGCUGCAGAACGUGAUGCUUUAAGAGCUAAACGUGCUGCUGAAGCAAGUGAAAGAGAAUGGAGACGUAAAGAAUUAUUAGCUGCACAGAAAAAGAUUGAAACUGAAAAUGAAUUGAAGCUAGCCAGGGCAGCUCAAGAAGAAGACAGAAAACGUCAACUAGCCAUUGAAGCUGGUCGUGAAAGGCUUGAAUUUGAAAGAAUUUUAAAACGACAACAGGAACUGUUAGAAAAUGAUAAACGCGCUGAUAAUGAAGCUAAAAUGAAAAGUGCUCAAAACUUGAAAGAUCUUCGCCGUCAGAUAUGUGAGAAAGAAAGAGAACGUAUCGCUGAGAGAAAUGCAGCUUUUGAAGAAGGUGUGCGAUUGAAUGAAGAAGCACGAUUAAGACGAUUACGUCUGAAUGAAGCAAAAAUGCGUAAACUGAAAGAAUUGAAAGAAGCUGGUAUACCUGAUAAAUAUUUAUCUCAAGUAGAAAGAAAGGUUAUGCAAUUUGGUAAAUUAACUCCAAUGGGCUAA